UAUUGCAUGGCCUGCGCCUUUUCCUCAGCGGACGAUAGGCCCCCAGCCCCUCACCUUCCCUGUCGCUGCUGCUGGCAGACGAAGAGGUGAACGGCAAUGGCGUCGCACCAGAAGACACACAGGACGUGGCAGACGAUGCUCCGGCGCGCCGCUUUUCGUUGUAGAUGCGCUUUCGCCCCUAUUCUUCUCCUCGCCGACCUCCGCGAUGCCGCACCCUUCGCCGAAGUUCUUCCAGCGCCCGCGGGUCCUAUCGGCGGCCCUGCCGCUCCUGCGCCAGUUCAGCUUGCCAUCGCGCGCAACGACAUCGUCGACGUAGUUGCGCCGCUGGUUGGCGCUGAGGUACGUGAUUCACUCGGAGUCCAGUUGCUUGUGUGGGUAGUCCGGCGGGUCGAGGUGUCAGCCGUCGCCGUGGUCGAACCAGCAGAAGAAAUUGACCUUGGCGUCACUCUCAUUCCACGCGGUGUGGUACUGCUUCAGGUUGCCUCGGUAUUGGUGCUUGGAAUCGACGAUUCGAGCCAGCACUGCGCCUCCAUCGUCUUGGGCAGCUCCUGCGCUUCCACCCCUCCAGGCCAGCGCUCCAUCAUGCGCAGUCCGCGCUGCUGCGACGCAGAGAUCAACGAAAUGUUGUUGACACGUCCGUCGGUAUUGGCAUCAGGCUCACAGUCGCCAACCCUGCUGUCGGGUUCGGUCCAUGCAACCUCGUUCGACCUGGAAGGCUUGUCUUUGGAAGAUUAUCCCUGCAACUCAGGCUGCGGGACUCACUGCGCCUGAUCCCCCAGCGACAGCCCACUUUCAACUGGCUCAUGGGUCCUAUCGUCAUCGCCCCCGCUUUCGCCAUUCCGCUCUGCCACAGGCGGUGCAUAGCUGGUAAGCUGCUAAGCAACGAAAACCCUAAGCUUUCAGCAAUUCCCUGCGUCGUUCAUCUCGUCGCCCUUGAGCGCUUCCUUGUUUAGCUUUUCCUAGCGCAUGCGCUAGUCGGUGUCCGACCACCGUGCCGAGCUGUCCAUUGUUUCAUCGUGCUUGCCUGGGUUCCUCCUUUGUUGCUGCUACUGUUCGCUGCCAUCGGUCGCCGCUUGCUCAGUACGGGCUUUCUUAGCCUUACGAAAGUAGUCGAAAUUC